CAAAGAAGGCACAGUAAUGAGAUAAAUAUUGAGUAUAUUCUUUGCUGACUAUUAGGAGGCUGUCACACUCCUCUGUUGAGUCAUCACAGAGUAUCGCCCCUCUCAUACUUCUAUAAAGGGAGGUGGUCCUCCAGUCUUUCCUGAUCCUCUCUCACACACUCUUCGACACAUUGAACAGACCUGCUCACCAUACAGGACAUGAUGUGGCUUGCUGUGUUUUACAUAUGGGGAAGCCUGUUAGCAUUUUCUGUGUGUCACAUCUGCCCAGAGACCUCCGAGGACGUUGCUUCAUGGGUAACGCUGAAGCCCCUGGGGCACUGCGGGGACGAGGAGAACUUGUGUCCUUAUCAACUUACCCUCCCUCCUCUCUCCAUCCAGCUUCCCAGGCCUUUUAGGGAGCUGGAGAAUAUGGCCAAAGAGCUGCAGGACCUAAAGGAAGUUGUUAACCAGCUAAGGAGGGACUGCCAAGAAUGUAAGGACAGACAUAGCAUCCAGAGAAGUGGACAGAAAGAAUACGGUGAGGAAAAGGAAAGAAGACUUCAAAUUCCAAGGCAUAACAUCAGCAUCAAGGAGACACAAAGUCAUAGUGGAGAACAAGUGGUCCGGAUCUUAACUUCAACCUUACUGCAAGGAGACACAUCAGAAAGUGAGGGAACCAUCAAGGAUGGCGUGAAGAGGCUUGAUCAUUCCAUUUUGGAAAGUCAGGAAUGGAACAUUGCCCCAAGGAUUUUUCCAAACCAAGGCACCAGAGAUCAGAGGUCUGAGGUGAGCAGAGAAGUAAAAAUAUUUAACCCCUCACUUGAUGAGACACCUGAGGACAUAUCCAAGGUCAAACAGGUGCUCUCGCCUACACCUGAGGAGUCAGAGAGGGAACUGAAGUCUAAGCAAAGUGUAUUAAUAGAACCAGCCCUUCCUAGAAAAAAGGACCCUGUACAAUCCUCAACCCAUGGGAAACAGCAGCCAAACAUUUUCAGAGAUGGACAUGUAAAGAACAUCAGUGGCAUCCUGACGGCGAGAAGAAGAGUGCAGUAUGUGCCUGAUUCGAAUGGAUUAAGCAGCAUUUCAAGGGAUGCUAACACUAAGAUAAUGGAUUUAAGCACAUCAGCUGGCAACAGAAGGGUUGUGAAGUUUCCUGGAGCAGGUGGAUCACUGAGGCCAAAGGGAUCCUACAUAAACAGUAGAGUUAUCAAGGUUACCAAUGAAGACAGACUGAAGAACCCUGCCUUGGUGAGGGUCCACAAUCUACAAUCCGGAGACAUGACGGUCAAGCCUGAGCCAGAAGAGGCUGGAUUUUCCCCAGUGAGAAGUGGCAUUAUGCGGGUCAAGGAAACAAGUCCUCGUACGGCAAACACAAAACCUAAUGUAUUUACUGGGCCAACCCUAUCAACAGAUGACCAAAACAAUCAAGACAUCAGUACGGUUUCUGGUCCCAGAACAGAUGAUGGACAUGUCCUGAACGUUGCAAGCCAAGUAGCUAAAAUUAUGGAGGACAAUUCAAGAAAAGUAAACAAGACUGUGAUUACAAGACUCCCAACAAAUCUGAGGAAGGAAAACCACGGUGAUGUGAGUCACAUAGCCACAAAUAAGUCAAUCUCUAGUGUUAUGAACCAAGCUGAACAGCCAAACAUGAUUAAAGAUGAAAAAAAGCACAUGGGACUGAGUGAAAGUCUGGUAGCUAUUAGUAGUGAGGAAGAGACUAGCUCCAAUUUGAAUAGAGAGGACUUGACUUUCCUAGAAAGACAGGUGGAAAAUGAAAAAUAUCUAAAUCCAAUUACAGAAACUAAUAACAGACAAACUGAUUUAAAAAAAUUGGAUAAGGCUGACAGCACUUUCAAUGAAGGGCGAGUUUUAGUGGGAAAGACCAAUCCACAAUCUGGGGACAUGAUGGUCAAGCCUGAGCCAGAAGAGACUGGAUUAUCCCCAGCAAGGGGUGGAGUUAUGCGGGUCAAGGAAGCAAGUCCUCGUAUAGCAAACACAAAACCUGGGGCAAUCAGUGGACCGACCCUGUCAACAGAUGACCAAAAUAAACACACAUCAGACAUCAGUAGGCUUUCUGGUCCCAGAACAGAUGACGGACAUGGCUUGAAAGAUGCAAGCCAAGUAACUAAAGUUAGGGAGGACAAUUUAAGAAAAGUAAACAAGUCUGGGAUUAUAAAACUUCCAACAAAACUGGGAAAAGAAAACCAAGGUGAUGUGAGACACAUAGCCACAAAUAAGUCAAUCUCUACUGUUAUGAACCAAGGCGAACAACCAAACAUGGUCAAAGAGGAAAAAAGGCACAUGGGACUGAGUGAAAGUCUGGUAGUUAUUAGUAGUGAGGAAGAGAUUAGCUCCAAAGUGGAUAGAGAAGACUUGACUUUCCCAGGAAUACAGGUGGAAAAUGUAAAAUAUCUAAAUCCAAUUAUAGAAACAAACAACAGACAAAUUGAUUCCACAGUUUUGGACAAGGCUGACAGGACUUUUAAUGAAAGUACAGUUAAUCCACUGUCUCCAGAUCUUAAAGAUCAGAUGCAGCUAGGAACGUUUAUUGAAAGGGCAAAUAAGCAUAUCGGGGUCAACUCACAGAGUGCAGGUACUAUGAAGAAGGACAUACCAAGCCACGGUAAAGCCACCCUGCCGGAAAAAGAUCUGGUGAAGCCCACCCUUGUCCCAACUGUAAAGAGUAAAUUGACUGAUAGUACAGUGAGUAUUACCAGAAGGGUUCAAUCACAAGUAGUAGGCCAGGGGACAAGGAGAAUUUCAGUAACUCCGCUCAAAGCUCCAGCUGGAAAGGGACCAUUUCAGAACAGCAGGAAAAACAUCAGCAAGAUACGUGGACAUGUGAUGUCAAACCCAUUAAGACACCCCGAUAGACAUCUUACAACUGUGAUUUCACACAGAGUCAACAAACUAAGACAACCUAAUGUGAUGGACAACAUGUCAGCAAACAAAAGUGUUGGGGUACAUUCGCAGCUGUCAAUCCCAGUCAGAAAUACCAAUAUUACCAGGAAAAAUGGCUCUGGAAUUAUAAAACCAAGCUAUAUAAGGAGGUUACACUUUCAAACUGAACCAAACACAACCAGAGGCUUCAAGACAAAGGUAAGCACAGUGACUCAAUUCUACAGUCCCACUGGUGCAACAGAACAAGAACAAACAGAAGAAAUCAAACCCAUUCCGCUGGCAAUGAGGUCAAAUGUAUUGGAUAAUAAAUGGUUAAAAAACAACAGUACAGAGUCACAAUCACAACCAGAGUCUCAAAAUUCAAGUAAUGUACAAGAUUUGGAUAAGGUUCAACAAAGUAAAGACCAACUUAGAGACAACAGUGAGAAUGGGAGUACAGAGGAUCAUAACAAUCUGCAAAGUGGAGCCUCGAAUUCACCUACUGGUGGGAAAGAAAGCAAGAUUUUUAAUUUGGGAACUGAUGAUACCAGCAAUCAACAACCAUUUGAGGUGGACAAGAUCAGCAAUGGAAAGAAAGGACCAACUGCACCAACCUUAAAGAAAGAGUCAUCUAAGGAAUCAGGAACAAAUCGAUUUACCACCUCGACAGUAUCUUUUAUGGACACAAACCAUGAAGACAGCCCAAAAAAUAUUAUUAAAGUGACAAAUACACAUGUUGAAAUGGCUAAAAACGAUAGUUGGGAAACACCCAUAAGCUUUGAAAGUAUUGGAGCAACAAGAGAACUGGAACUUAUUCAAUUUAAUAAAGACAGAGUGGUAGAAAACUCUGGGGAGAUAUUAUCUAACCCAAACAGUGCGGACACUGCCCAAAGUUACAGUGGAGAGAGGUACACAGAUCCAGUUGUUUUGGAAACGCUUACAAAUGUUGAAGAAAUUAAAGGCUCAAAGCUGUUCUCACUGAGCCCCGAGGACACUGCUGAGGGGUUCAGAUCACAUGCAGUCAGUGAUGAGGUAACAGGGAGAGAGCAAGUAAAGAACAAGAUCCACAGCACCUGUGACAGCGAUUGUAACACUACGUCAACCCAACAGUCUACAGCCCAGACCAGGCCCCCAGUGGACUCUGGAAGAGAAAAAGGACCUGCACAAGACUGCGCUGAUUACAUUACGAAGUCCCGAAGGAAUGGUGUAUAUAGAGUAACGCCUCAGCCAAAGAGCAGCAUGUUUCCUGUUUUCUGUGACAUGGAGUCUUCUGGAGGGGGCUGGACUUUGAUACAGCAUCGCUUUGAUGGCAGCACAAGUUUCAAUCGUACAUGGGACGAGUACAAGAAUGGAUUUGGUAAACUAAUAGGUGAGUUUUGGCUUGGCAAUGACAAGAUUCACUUGUUGACAAAGGCGAAGAACGUGUCAUUGCGAAUAGAAAUCGAAGACUCUGAGGGUAUCAAAGAAUAUGCUCAUUAUGACCACUUCUACGUGGCCAAUGAAAGCCAACAAUACCGCCUGUCUAUUGGUGGUUACUCCGGUACAGCUGGUAAUGCCAUGCAGUUUAAUAAGAAGUACAAUCACGACCAGAAGCUCUUUACCACUCCGGACAGAGACAAUGACCAGUAUCCCUCUGGAAACUGCGGGGCCUAUUACAGCUCAGGCUGGUGGUUUGAUGCAUGCAUGUCUGCAAACUUAAAUGGGAGAUAUUAUCAAUCUAAGUACAAAGGGCUACGUAAUGGGAUAUUUUGGGGUACAUGGCACAACAUUACAAUGGAAUAUUACCCAACCAAUGAGAGACAAUCUUUUAAGACUGUUAAAAUGAUGAUUAGACCUAAAAACUUUGCCAAGUAAUAUUAUACCCACCAAUUCUAAAAUUUACCAACCAAAAUUAAGCUCUCUUUUGAAGUUAGAUGGUAGAAAAAAGGCAAGUGCCUUAAGUAUAUUGCUACUUGUGUUUAUUGCUUUAUUAAUAGAAAAUGUGUGUGGUGUCAGAACUUGAAUCAACAUUGAUAAAUGUUUCUGUAUCUUUGUUGUUGUUUUUUGAGCUGUACACAUAUGUAUAAGUAGAAUACAUAGAAUACACAAUUGAGCCUCUUGUGUUGCUUUGAAUAUUGCAUAAGACAUGAAACCAUGCUAUUUACAGAUUAUGCUAUGAUAUUGUAUUUUUU